AUGCUCACCCAUUUUACUGUUCCGAUCGCCUCGACUGGCGGCUCCAUCGUAUGUGCAAACCUGACAGCCAACAAGGUCCACGAGGAACAGAAUAUAUACGUGUUGAUCAUCACUUCGCCGAAAGAUAACCGUUUGACCGCAACAUUUAUCGAUGCGCUUCUGCUGUCACUGGACAUCAUUGAGCACCGGUAUCCUGAGGGCGUUGUAGUCACCACUAGUGGCAUCACCAAGUUCUACAGUAACGGGUUGGAUCUGGAAGUGGCAGUGAACACAGAGGCAUUCCUCGAAAAGUGGCUGUGGCCGUUAUUCCGGCGGCUUUUGACAUACCCCAUGCCAUCUGUUUGCCUAAUGAACGGCCAUGCCUUUGCGGGUGGAUUAAUACUGGCCAUGUGCCACGACUAUCGGGUCCAAAAUCCAGAACAAGGAUUCCUUUGCAUCAACGAACUGGAAUUCGGCGUGCCGCUCCAAGCCCCUAUUAUGCAGCUUUUCCAUGAGAAAUUGAACUCAACCACCUUACGUAGUGCAGUUUUGGAAGCCCACCGGUUUUGUGGUAAGGACUCGCUACAGGCGGGAAUUGUCGAUGCGGUGGGUGGGCUGGAUGAGGUCCUGGGAUUAAUUCGCGACCGGAAAUUGUUAACUAAGGCUGCGACGGGCAUCUAUGGUAUCAUGAAGGAGGAGAUGUAUGCAAGAGUCUUGAAUAGUCUUGAUGGUCAUGCCAGGAACCUAGCGUGGCGGGAGAAGGUAGAGGAGAAAAAGGAUGCUAUGCGGAAGAGAAGCCUGCAGGCCAUAGAGGGAUGGGAGAAGAAAGAUAAGGCAAAGCUUUGA